ACGCAUGCGCAGCUCCGGGAGCACACAGCGUGGCGAUCGGCGGUGCGCUCUGUCCCUCGGACACAGCGGAUCACCGAUCAACAGAAAGAGCCAAAGAUGUUGGCUCGGUCACGUGAUCAGCUGUGUCCAAUCACAGCCGAUCACAACCCCAGCAGUGCCACCUACCAGUGCCCAUCAGUGCCACAUUUCAGUGCCCAUUCAGUGCCAAAUUUCAGUGCCCAUCUGAGCUGCCUUUCAGUGUCACCCAUCAGUGCCACCUAUCAAUGCCAGUCAGUGCCACCUAUCAGUGCUGCCAAUGAGUGCCACCUAUCAGUGCCAGUCAGUGCCGCCUAUCAGUGCCAGUCAGUGCUGCCUAUCAGUGCCAGUCAGUGCCGCAUGUCAGUGCCACCUAUCAGU